UAUUGGGCCGUUUGGUAAAAAAAAAAAAGACAGAAAAAACACACCAUCCCUUCCUCGAUAUUAUCCCCUUUCGUGUUCUUCCCCAAUUUUUCAUCGUAUUCGAUUUUUUUUUGUUUCCCUCAGGAAUUCUUGGUAUUAAUCCUCGAAUUUGUCCUUUGGUUUUUUCAAUUCUCUUUUUUCUCUCUCGAUUGAUACCAAAUUUUUGUAUAUUUUGUCUGUCGAAGGGAAAUCUAGGGUUAGGGUUAUCGGUCCCCUUAGAUCUGCGUAAUCCCCCCGAUUGAUCGUUCUUCUCGGCUCCUACUUUGAAUUCGGUAUAUAUCCUUCUUUGUUUUGGUGUCAAUUUCAUGUUUUCCGUCCCCGAUUGAGUUCUAGGGUUCCUAGUUUUUCGAUCUAUAUUAGGGUUCGUCAGAUCUGUAAAUUCGUAGAGGGCUUUCUCUUAUUCUGACAGUUUUUUGCCGAUUCGUCCCCUUGCAACACUUGAUUUUUCGAAUUUUUCUGUAAAUCGAAAUCUAGGGUUAGGGUUUCGUGCGAUUUGGGAUUUUUCGAUUUUGGUCGAAGCAAAUUGGGGAAAUCGCUUAAGAACCUCCUUCUCGUGUCCUAUUUGAUCGUAUUUCAGUCCUUAUAGUGAUAUUCCUGUUUGGCUUCCCCUUGGUGCAGUUGUCCUGAAGCUGAGCUCAAGCUUGUCCCUUGAGAAAGAUUGAAGAUGGGUUUCAAACGCCCUUUUGACGAUGAGGAGUCUCUGGGACUUCCUUUGAAGCAUUCGAGACAGCUUGACUAUAGCAAUAAGACGACUCAAUUUGAUGAAGUUGUUCCUCUCUCCUCUGUUCUCCAGAAACCUGCUGUAGCGGUAGAGAAUGAGGGGAAUCUUUGUAAUUCCCAAAGUGGUGAAUCAUCUGAUGAUGAAACCCUUGGUGAAGAGCUGAAUUCUGUUGGCUCAGGUCUUGGCAUGGGUGCUGCUUGUACAUGGGUCACAAAAAGUCCUGGUGAAGAAUAUACAACUCAAUCAUCUCUUCCUCAAAGAUAUUUUGAGCUUGAUAUACCCCCAAGAGUGUUUGCUCCUGUUGGGGAUGUGUAUACUUUCCUCUUGGAUCAGCCCCCGAGAAAACAAGUUCCUCUUGGACCAGACCAUCAAGCUGAUACUCCUGAAUGGGAAGGCGAUGCUAUGGACGAGAAGCCAGUAGAUGGCUUGGGCAUGUUAGCUCGAAACCAGGUUGUCGAACACACAGAUGGCCAGAAGUUGACUGGAACGUGCAUCAUUCCCAUGCUGCCGGCUUCAAGCAUACCAGUACAUGAGGAUGUCAAAGUGGGAGAAGGCAGAAAACAAUGUGUAUGCCCGGACAGGGGAUCUUUCAGGUGUGUGCGUCUUCAUAUCAAAGAAGCAAGAGAAGAAACGAUAAAUAUGAUUGGAUACGAGAAAUUCCAAGACUUGGGUUUAAGUGAAAUGGGAGAAGAAGUUGUGCGGAACUGGAGUGAGGAGGAUGAACAACUUUUUCAUGAGGUUGUUUAUUCCAAUCCUGUAUCAAUGGGUCGGAACUUUUGGAAGCACUUAGCAGCCGCAUUUCCGUCACGGACAAAGAGUGAGAUUGUUAGCUACUAUUUCAACGUUUUUGUCCUCAGGCGGAGGGCUACCCAGAACAGAAUACAGAAAUUAGACGUUGAUAGUGAUGACGAUGAGUGGCAUGGAGGAUACGGGAGCUCUUUCGGGAUCCGAUACUUCGAAGAGGAUGAUGAGGAAGACUCUGAUAUCGAGUCCCCUCUUCGUCAAGAAACUGAGAGUAUCUAUCGACAAGAGGAUGAAGACGAGGAAAGUGAUAGUGAUGAUGAGGUUGAUGUUGGUAAUGGACAUGGCAUCAUGCCAUCUGAUGAUAACAAGCCCGUGGAUAAGAGCUCAGGGGACGGAUUAAAUGUCGAAGAUGACUCGUGCACAUCCUUUGAGGAUCCGCAAAACAUAGCAAACUCCCAUCCGAACAACGGGAACAGCCUCGGGGAUAACCAGAAGCAGCUCGACGGGGGUAACGAUACAGUGAGUCGGGACUAUUUAUUCGAGUCGUGCAAUGCUAAAGUUUGGGAUGGAAGAUUCUCGGACGUUCCGAAGAAGAGUGCGGAACUCUUACCGACGCGGAGCAUCAUCGAGGAGAUAUUUGGUAAGAGUGCUCUGGACGAGAAGAGCAACAACAGUAACACAGAGAAGAAAGUGAAAGGAGAAAACAUCAAAGGGCACAACUUUGCAGAAUCCUAGGAUUAUAGAUAAUGGGGUUUGGUCUUUCGUUUUUCUUUUUUUGCUAUUAAUGUAGAGAGACGUUCACCCAAAAUGGCGAGGGAUCCUUUUUGAGAUUGUGAAAGCAUUUCUCAGUUGUGGGAUCUUUGCAGGUUGAAGUGUGAAUGGAGAAUUCUUCCCUUUUUUUCCUUGGGGGACCCUCAAGGGGAAAGAUGGCAGAUUACCCAGAAUCUCUCUCUCUCUCUCUCUCUCUCUCUCUCUCUCUCUCUCUCUCUCUUGCUUGAGAAGGACUUGCGAUUCGAUCUUGGAUCCUUCAUUUCUUUGCGGAAAUGGAAGUUGGAAGGUGAAUUCCGCCUUUGCCUUGAGAAGCAAGCAUUUGGUUGUGGGGGAAGUCUAAUGGCUUUAUUUUUAUUUUUCCUUUCUUUUAGUUUUUUUUAUUUAUUUAUUUUGGACCUGUGGCUUCAGUUUCAGCCAAAACUUGUAAAAAAAAAAAAGAAAGAAAAAUAUUCAGAGUGAAGGUCUAAUCGUUGGGUCGA